AUGUACUUCUCCAAGGUCGCCGUCCUCUUCACCCUCGCCUCCACCGGUCUCUCCGCCCCGCUGGAUAAGCGUCAGGCCAAGCUUCUGUCUGUCCAAGACUACUCUCAGUUCCAGGUCUCUGACGGCGUUGGUGGAAAGGCUCUUGAGGAGGUUGCUCAGAAGUUCCCCAUCGACCAGAUCAAGGCAGACCUCAAGGGCGUGAGCAAGGAUGAUCUAGCCAUCAUUCAGGGCGCCCGCGUUGCGGCUGAAGCCGCCGAGACGGAUGCUGGCGGCUUCAAUGACGCUAUCGCCAAGGCCUCCGGCGCUGAUGCCGAUGCGCUCAAGGUUGGAAAGAUCAAGAACAAGGUGCUCAAGCUUCAGCUUGAGGUUCUUGCUCUUCAGGUCCAGCAGGCCCAAGGUGCCGACAACCAGGCCAAGAUCGACGCCGAGCAGAAGAAGCUCGACAACAAUGUCAAGACCGACACUGCCUCCGCCGGCAAGACGAGCCAGAGUGUUGCCUUCAAGGCCUCGUCAGCACCGGCUGCUGGAGGUGCUAAGGCCGCCAAGGGUGGUGCCAAGGCCAAGGAUACCAAGGCCAAGGGCGCAAAGGCUAAGGAUACCAAGGCGAAGGAUACCAAGACGAAGGCUGCUGCCAAGCCUAAGAAGGCAAAGAACUAA